AUGAGUGCGCUGGAGGAGCAGAUCGCGGUCACGGAAGAGGCAGAGGCCACCACGGCGCGGGCGCGGGUGCGGGCGAGGUCGGGUGACUCGCGGCCCAAGCGUCCGCUCUCGGCCUUUGCGCUGUUUACUCGCGAUGCUCGUGCAGACGUCCGCAGAUUGAUGCCGGACGCUCCGCUGACAGACGUGCUCAAGGUCAUUGGCAAGCGGUGGAAGGAGGCACCCGACACCACACGUGCUCGAUACGAGAAGCUCGCCCACGAGCAGGCCCCAGCCCAGGACGCCGCCGCUGCGGCAGCGGCGGCUUCGGCGCUGCAGGCCCAGGUCGAGCACGCAUACGCAGCAGCAGAGGAUGCACGCCGCCAGCGUGACGACAUCCAGGCCGCCUCCCGCGCGUCGAUGGACGCUUUCGCCGCCGAAAACGACGAACUACGGUCCCAGGUCGACUCCCUGCUGGCCAAGCUCCGCAAUGCCUGCAGAGGGUGCUGA